GCAGCAACUUCGCACUCUUUCCCUCCUCACCGCCACCACCGCAUCGCCAACGCCAUGCAGCCCCUGUUCAAGAAGAAGAGAUCACGGCCUCAGCCAUCAGCAUCCACCACCUCCUCCUCCUCAACAGCAUCGCAGCAAGCUAGUCGUCGCGACGAUGGCAAUGAUAGCGGCGAAGACGAGGCGGGCCCGUCCGUCGUCGUAACAAAGCAGCGCAAGCUCGAUUCCUCCAAUCCACUCGUCUCGUCAACGGGCAUCUCACUCGCCAAGCGCAAUAGAUUGGCAGCGCAGCAGGAAGCAGCAGACGAUGAAGCCCUCUCACUGCUAGAAGACGAGUACUCAUCCGUCACUGCCCGCGCAAAGGCUUCCGGCUCCUCCACGUCCGCGGGAGCGACGUCAAAUCGAGACAACGCUACGAGGGGAGCCGACUGGUAUGAUGAAGCUGAGGGCACCAGCAGACGAUCGGGUAGCCCCAACGCCGCGCCUCCGCCGAAAGUCAACAACGAUGACGGAGUCUACCGCGGCCUGUCCGCCUACUCCUCCGCCUCCGCCUCAAAGGGCGCCGCCAUCACCUCUAGUAAGACUGCCCAGCGUGGUCCCAUCCGAGCCCCGAACAACAUCCGCACCGUAACAGUCAUGGACUAUCAGCCAGACGUGUGUAAAGACUACAAAGAGACGGGCUACUGCGGCUUCGGGGACACCUGCAAAUUCUUGCACGAUCGUAGCGACUAUCUAGCCGGCUGGCAGAUGGAGGCUGCCUACAUGCCCAACAGCUCGGCGCGUAACCUCGGCGAGGACGAUGCGGCGCAAGAUCUCGACGAUGAGGAGGAAGAGAUCCCCUUUGCUUGCCUCCUCUGCCGGCAACCCUUCACUGACCCCAUCGUCACGCGAUGUGGUCAUUACUUCUGCUCAGGAUGUGCUAUCAAGCGUUACGCAAAGACGCCGAAAUGCUUUGCAUGUGGAGCGCAGACGGGUGGAAUAUUCAACAGUGCGACGAAGAUCAUCGAGAGGAUGGAGAAGAGGAGGCGAGGCAAGGAGGAGGAGAGGAAAGAGAAGGCUAAGGGAUGGGGGCGAGAGAACGGGGAGGGGGAGGAGGGUGGAGAGCAAGAAUUCUUGGAGGGGGUGGAGAUUGGUGGUGGGGAUGAAGAGGAGUAGCAGGAUCUGUGAGAGUGACGUACGCUCCCCUAGCAAAGGAGCAGGGCAGGUGCUGAUAAUUCUAAUACCAAUGACGAGCAGCAGGCCUCCCUACCAUUUCAACCUGCCCAGAUCAAUGAGCUGGGUCCGCUGACCGCGGAGUGGAGCUUCGUGAAGCGCGAGAUACUGCCUUGCAUGAAACUAAGCCUUGUGUAGCCACCCUGCGUAGCAACGGACCUGCGUGAUGCAGAGCGCUGUCGCAUUCUC